AGCUGUGGUGGCACCGUGUGAGAGCCCAAGUGCUUGGGGACACUGAGGGGACACUGGGGGGACACUGCUGUGGGAGCUGGGGUGGCUUUGUUGGGAUGUCCCCAUGGUCACCCUGGCCAUGGUCACUCCACAGGGGUGUCCCCUCAGUGUCCCCAGCCAUGGUCACCUCCCAGGGAUGUCCCCUCAGUGUCCUCAGCCAUGGUCACCCCCCAGGUGACGUCCCCCAGCUCGUCCCAGUGGUGGCCUUGAUGUCCCCUCAGUGGUGGCCACAAUGUCCCCAGGUGUUCCCAGCCAUGGUGGCCUCAAUGUCCCCUCAAUGUCCCCUCAAUGUCCCCUCUGUGGUGGCCCCAAUGUCCCCUCAGUGUCCCCUCAAUGUCCACUCUCUGGUGGCCCCAAUGUCCCCUCUGUGGUGGCCCCGAUGUCCCCUCUGUGGUGGCCCCGAUGUCCCCUCAAUGUCCCCUCAAUGUCCCCUCUGUGGUGGCCCCAAUGUCCCCUCAGUGUCCCCUCAAUGUCCACUCUCUGGUGGCCCCGAUGUCCCCUCUGUGGUGGCCCCGAUGUCCCCUCAAUGUCCCCUCUGUGGUGGCCCCGAUGUCCCCUCAGCGGUCCCAGUGGUGGCCUCGAUGUCCCCAAGUGUCCCCAGCCGUGGUGGCCCCAAUGUCCCCUCUGUGGUGGCCUCGAUGUCCCCAGGUGUUCCCAGCCAGGGCCACCCCUCGGGUGUCCCCAGUCCCCUCCCAGUGUCCCCAGUUUGUCCCUGUCCCUCUUUGCCCUUCACGCUCAGACGUGCCCUGGCUCUGUCCCCGUGUCCCCAGGGUGGCAGUGAGAGGACAGCGAGGGGACAGCGAGGGGACAGCAGGGCCACCCCCUGCCCUUUGUCCCUUUGUCCUUGUCCCUUCUGCGCCCUCGGUGUCCCCAACCCUGUCCAGGGGACACCUGGGGUGCUGCCACCCGAGUGGGGACACCCCAAAAUCUGGGACACCCCAAAGUGGUGGCACCUGAGGAUUUGGGGACACCCCGACUUGGGGACACCCAGAAUUGUCCCCUCGGGCACGGGGGGUGGCGGCUGUGGGGUGGAGGGAGCCGGUCCCGGAUGAAGCCCCUGGGGACACCUUGGGGACAUUCCCAGAGCCACCUUGGGGACAUUCCCAGAGCCACCUUGGGGACAUUUCCAGGGUCACCUUGGGGACAUUCUGGGGACACCUUGGGGACAUUCCCAGGGUCACCUUGGGGACAUUCCUGGGCCCACCUUGGGGACAUUUCCAGGGUCACCUUGGGGACAUUUCCAGGGUCACCUUGGGGACAUUCCUGGGCCCACCUUGGGGACAUUCUGGGGACACCUUGGGGACAUUCCCAGAGCCACCUUGGGGACAUUCUGGGGACACCUUGGGGACAUUUCCAGGGUCACCUUGGGGACAUUCCUGGGCCCACCUUGGGGACAUUCUGGGGCCACCUUGGGGACAUUCCCAGAGCCACCUUGGGGACAUUCCCAGAGCCACCUUGGGGACAUUCCCGGGCCACCUUGGGGACAUUCUGGGGACAUUCCUACUGUUCCAGAGCCUCUGGACUUGGUGACAUUGGUGUCCCCAGGGUGGUGACAGAGCCCGCUGGGUCCUUGCCCUGUCCCCACCCCUGGGGACACCUUGGGGACACUCCCAGGGACACUCCCAGGGCCAUCUUGGGGACACCUUGGGGACACUCCCAGGGACACUCCCAAGGCCACCUUGGGGACACCUCAGGGCCAUUCCCAGGGACACUUUUGGGACACUCCCAGGUUCAUCUUGGGGACACUCCCAAGGCCACCUUGGGGACACUCCCAGGGCCACCUCAGGGCCACCUUGGGGACAUUCCCGGGUCCACCUUGGGGACCACUUGGGGACAUUCCCGAGGCCACUUUGGGGACGCUCCUGGGGCCACCUCGAGGCCAUUUUGGGGACAUUCCCGGGGCCACCUUGGGGACACCUGAGGGCCAUUCCUGGGGCCACCUUGGGGACACUUAGGGGACAUUCCCGGGGCCACCUCAGGGCCACCUUGGGACACUGGGGACAUUCCCAGGGCCACCUUGGGGACACUGCCAGGGCCACCUUGAGGCCACUUUGGGGACAUUCCCGGGGCCACCUUGGGGACAUUCCCAGGGCCACCUUGAGGCCACUUUGGGGACAUUCCCAAGGCCACUUUGGGGACAUUCCCGGGGCCACCUUGGGGACAUUCCCAGUGCUCCAAAGCCUCUGCACUUGGUGACAUCGCUGUCCCCAAAGUGGUGACCCAAACGGUGACACCGCAGCUCCUGCCACCCUUUUGUUUUAUUUUAUUUCCUUUUUUUUUUUUUUUCUCCUUUUUUUCCCUUUUUUUCUCUCUUUUUCCGCCUUUUCCCCUCGGAUUUUCUUUCUCUCCUCGGUUCGUUUCCGUUGUUUUUUUCUCCUCGCUUUGGGAAGCUCCUCCCUCGCCGUGAAAUAACAAUCGUGGUGGCCACACCCUCGGGGCGCUGA